AAGCUACCAGCUCGACGUACAAUUACUGCUGGAAUACCACAUCGCAAACUUUAAAUUUCAAAAAUACAUGUUCGAAGCAAUAGUUUUUAAAUUUUAUAAUUUUUGUAUUUAAGGAGUAAACUGUUUUGGUGCGAAUUUUCGGAAGUACGUGAGCUGUUAAUCAUUUUAAUAGGUGGGGUGGUAUGUGGAUGAAUUUCAGCCGUCAUGGAUCCCAGUGCUCUACAAAACAUGGAUCGGGACGCAUUAAAGAAGCAAAUUGAAAACAUGAAGUACCAGGCUUCGAUGGAACGAUGGCCAUUAUCUAAAAGUAUUGCAGAAAUGCGAUCCUUCAUCGAGGAAAAUGAGAAAAAUGAUCCUCUAAUUAAUGCCCCGGAUAAGAAGAACAAUCCUUGGGCUGAAAAAGGAAAAUGCGUUCUUAUGUAAUAUUAUCGUAAACCCCAACAGUACGAUACCAACAUUCACAAGUAUCCCAUUUAUUACUACAAUCACCACAAUAAUACCACUAGUCAGAAAAAUUUUGUCAAUAAUAAGAAUUAUAAAACAAGGAAUGAAAAUAAAAUAAAUCAACCAUUAAGAAUACAACCACAAAAUGCAAUUAAUGACUACAAUAGCAACAAAGCCAACCUGCAACAUUCAGAUAGUCUUAAUAAAAUAAACUGUUUUAAAGAAAUAACUGAUUAUAAUAAUUCCUUACUCCCAGAAAAUAUUAAACAGCGGGAAAGUCAGUUAAAAUUAAAGAAUGACAUAGAUGGGGUUGAAAGAGAAAGAAUAACAGAAGACUACAGCGUAAAGGAACAAGAUGAAAUUGAUGACUUCUUUCUAAAUGAGGAAACAGUUACAGUAUGCUAUGGUAAUAAUUAUUACAAUAAUAACAACAAUUAUUACUAUCAAAAUUAUAACUUAAAUUACAAUCAACAUCUGCAUGAGUAUUCGCUUUCCAAAACCCAAAAAUUAAUUCACCAGUUAAAACGUCGUACUCUACGAGAAAUUAUACAACGUCCAACUCUUAUACAAAUUGUCGCUUUCUUCAUGUGGUUCCACGGUAAAUUUUGGGAAUUCUACUAUGAAACACUGGCUCGAAGAUUACAGUUUUUAGGUUAACAAUUUAACGAUUUUCUGGAAAAUUAGCUAUGGAUAAACAUCUUUCGUCAACAUAGUUGGUAGGGAUUUCUCUUUGCUGGAUUUGCUAACACAACUGAUUCUAACUAAUUUUAGCUAUUCGUUAAGCUCGUUAGCUGAAUUGGCGGCUAAGAAAACAUUAUGUAUUCAGUUUAAAUAUGUGCAUACAAUAUAUUCAACAAUUUGAAAACAUACAUACAUUAUUUUUUUGCUGAAUCUAAUAUACAUGAAAUGUACUAGUUACAAAAUAUCCACUACAAACUAAUACUCAAAUGAAAUCUGACAAAUCAUCGUAGCCAUUGACGUUCAAUAAUUUCCUUUAGUUUCAUGUUUUUAAUUUUUAUUUUAUAGAAAACUAUUUAGACUUAAAAAUUUUGUUAUUUUUUAUUACCUUUACGUGCUAUUUUUAUUUAAAAUCAUCAUAAACCUCAAAUUUUCCCAAUAUAAGAGCAAUUCUCAAAUCUCCGAAGUAAAUAAAAUAUGAAACCAUAUAAAAAAUCACCAAAAAUUCAAAAUAAUUGAAAUUAUUAUUUUAGAAAUCCUAAUAUGUGUAUUAUGAUAAGUAGUUCUUAAAGAUAUAUUACAAAUACUUAAUUGUAAAAGUCUAACAUUAGUUUUAAAAAUCUGAUGAUGGAUAAAUACAAAAGAUACAACCCUUAUCCCACCCUAUUUUUGAAUAAAGCAUAAUAAACACAAUGUUAUACGCGGAAAUGAUGUAAUUAAAAACUUUAAUUAAUUUUCAAAAAUGCAGCCUUACAAAUGAAAUUAAGCGAAAAAGUGAUAUUACUUUUUGCAUUCUACUUUCACGCGAUCAAAUCACAUUCACCUUAACCAAAAGCAAAUAAUACGUGUUCACUAUAAACAUUUUAAAUUGAAAUUUUCUAUUACCUACAUUAAUUAAACCUAUUACUGGGAAAAUAUAGUAUAUUCGUAGAAAGAUGUAUGAAGCCAAUGCUACGAUUUUUGAUAUUCAGAACUUUUUUAUAAAAAUAAAACUUCGACAUACAUACAUAUAAAUACUCGUAUAUUGAACUUUGCUAGGCGAAGGAAGAUUAUUCACUAUGAUUUAUUCAACAUGCGCUAUGUGCCUAUCAGUAAACAAAAAUUAAUAUUUAAAUCAUAGAUUCGAUAAUGAAUUCAUGAAAUGCUAUUGAAAAUUGUGAAACUACUUUAAUCACAACUAUUACCUCUUUCCUUACUAGCUAUUAGAACUUCACUUAAAAACAAAAAGUCAGUUGUGUUAUUUCAAAUGUAUUUCGUUUUCAAUUAACACUUUACUGAAAGCAUCGAAGCGAAAUUUUUACCCGUAAGCAUUUUUGCUUGCUUAAUCAGGAAAACUAGCUUUGCCACUAGUAUGGUCAAAAAGAAAGGUAAUAAAUAUAUUUUAUAAAAUCUUACCAAAAAAAAAAUUAAAAACAGUGAACUAGUUUCAAUGUGUAGUAUAUAUGUAUAUGGAUCAUAGUUUCAGUAUAUAUUAUAAAUCACUUGUGACGAUUUAAUUGGAUUGCUACAUACGUAUAACAUUUCUUCUCACUGUUUUAUUACUUUCCGAUAUUAUUAAUGACUUAAGUGAGGAAAGUAGAAGACAAUUUCAACAUAGUUCAAACAAUAUGUAUGUACUUUUAACAUUCUAUUGAAAAGGCCAAAUAAGGUAUUAAUAAUAAAUAGGCGAAAGCAAAUUAACAACAUAAUUUAUAUUUAAUUAUAGCUUAACAUAAUUUACAACUGUAUUCGAAUGCAAUUCGAUAGCUUCAGUCAUGUAUUUAAUUCAAAAUCAAAUUAUUCGAAAAUGUUCAUCGUCUAAUUCAUCGAAAAUGAGUAAAUAAAAUGAAACUUAAUUAUAAAAUAAUAAAAAGAUGGCCAAAACGUAAGUCAAUAUAUACAAAAUUAUAUACACAUACAUAUUAUAUAUACAGAAUAUAAAGAAGUUGUCCUUCUGGUAUAUGUGCACACUAAAAUAUUUAGUAAUCUUAAGAGUUAUCAAAUUGUAAAUGUCUCACAAAACUUAUUAGUUUGCUUUCGUAAAUAAAAUAUUAAAGUUACUCAAUGGAAUAACACCAAAUACAAAUUUAAUGAGUACUUAAGGUUAAAAGAGCCAUAGCCAAUGUAUCGAUACAACACGUAACAUAAAGUAAUUACACUAUUUAAAUUUUCUUACAUCAUACAUAUAUACUUGUGUUAAAAUUGAAUUAACAAUAGUACCAACAAAAUAUUAGAUAUUUUCGUUUUUUACCAGGAUAUCAUGAAUUCAUUUGUUAUUAAAAUAAAUUUAUUCGAGAACUUUAAGCCAAAGUAAGGAAGAAUGUGUUGAAAAUAAGUUGGAGUUCAGUAAAAUAACUGAAUUUGGCUGGCGAAGAUAAAAAGAAAACAAACAAAUACAACUGCAAUUAAAAACAAACCCGACAUUUACACAUACAAAGUAGUUGACAAACAGAUGUCAAAUUAGUGAUGAGUACAACAAACGUAAAACUUAUAAAUACACAUCCUUAACAACAACACGAAGGAAGAGUCGUCAUAAUUUUAAGUCAACAAGCAACAAAAAUACGAAAUAAUAAGUAAAGUAGGUUUACUAAAAUAUUAAGACAUGUUACAUAAAAAGUAGUAGAAGCAUAUAACAACUUUUAAUAUUUGAUCUUGAAUAUAAUAAUAAAAAUAAUAUAUGUGUGUUAACAAAUGUAAUCAUUCCGAAAAAAUACAAUUUUAAUAAUAAUGUGUGACGAAAAAACAGUAAUAGUUUAAAAAUAAAUCAGAACCGGAGUUACUCUGACAUUCAUUAAAAUGACUAUCUAAUAAUUGAGCGUUAAUUGCAGCUGAAAAAUAGUGUUAAGAUAACAUUUAAUAGCAUAAAAAAUCAAAACAACAAUCGUUUAAUAAGUAAAUAUUAAAAGACACAACGGAAAAGUUUAAGGUGUAAAAGAAAAAUGUCUUUAUCCAUAUGAAAAAGGUGUGAUUUGAUUUUCUGAAACCGUUAGUUUCUGUGAUUGGAGAAUUCAUGAAACCGAAUGAAAUAACCAAUAAAUUUUAAGUUACAUCAGUUUAAAAUGUAUUAAAGUUAUUACAAAAGUAUUUCAGACAAAGUAGAGAAAAUAUAUAUUUAAACUGGUUAAGUAACAAGAUAAGCAUAUAAUUAUCACACGUGUAAAUGCAUAUUUCUACAUAAACAAAAUUUAUAUUCUUGAAUAAUACAAUUAUUUUGAACAAUACAUAACUUUCCGGAAUUUUGGGAAAUUUGUAGGAAAACUUACAUAAGAAUAGCUCAGAACCGAAAAAUAUAUGUUUAUAUGUUAAGAAUGGUCAAUGCUCAUUUAAAUAAAUUAAGUAAAGGUUUAUAGUUAGUUUAAAUUCAAGUAUUGAGAAAGGAGAUAAAGUAAAUUGAAGGCUAAGCAGCUGAGAAAAAUAUUUAUGAAAUAUCGAAAAUUGGCUAGGAAGCAAAAAAUAUUUGAUUGCAGUCAAAAGAUUGAAGUACAGAUGUACAGACUGUGAAAACGAAGAGGCAGUGAGAACGAGCGAAAGAUUUUGCGAAAAAACUGCCAAAAUAUCACCACAAACUAACAGCCAAGAUUUUAAAAGGGAUGGAUUUAAUGGGGAGUUAUUAAAUGUCUUCUACAAUGGCUCAUUUUACAAAAUUCGAACACACAAUUAGCAGAUACGUUGAAAGUCGUAUCGCAUAGAUGGAAACUUUUUCAUCUUUUGAUAUUAAUCGAUUAGAGACAUAAUAACAAAAAAGCUUUGACAAUUAAUCUAUGCAAAUAUGCAUUUAAUUCGACAAACAAUUCGAAGAACAAAGAAAAUAACUAAUAUAUGGUACUUUUAAUUGAGAAAAUUUCGUAUACAUAUGUAUGUCAUUUCUAUAUACCCAUAUUGUUGUCAGAUCACAUUAAAUGAAUUUCUGUUUUCACAAACAAUCAAAGCCGUAAUAAGUUUGCCGAAAGCUCUUAUGAAGCCUUAGAAAUUAACCGUAGUAAUGCUGUCAUUUGUGCGGUUGUGCGACAAUUGUUAUGCGCGAUACGAUAUAUCACUGAGAUAGGGUUGGAAACGUGUAUUAAUGAGGAGUCAGAACACUCACGAACAGCCACAGCAUGAAUGUGUGAAAUCUGUGGUGAUGAUUUUGAGCGUGUAGGUAAGCUAGGAUGAUUGAAUUUACAUCACCACAUUUCUGCGUAACAUAUAUGUGUAUACUUGAAAUUAUUCAGUAUAAGAAAUAACAAUACAUACAUACGUAUACCGCAAAAACAAUUGUAUUAGAAAUUGAAAAAAUUUAUUCAGCGUCCCCAAAAAAUAUUAACACAGUUUUUGAAGCGUGUAGUAUUUCAUAAUUAUAUUGAUAUAGGAAAAAAAUCACUUCAACCUGUAAUCAAAAACUAAUGUAGUCUUACUUUUUAUUGGCACGAUAUUUUGCUCAUAAACUCUUUUAAAAAUAAUCACUAAAGUUCGUUUUAAACCGAUGUAGUAUAGUAUUUGUCAGAGCAUCAUCCUCGAAAGUUUAAUGUUAAUUCUACUGAGAAAUAUAAACCAGUUCAUAGAGGUUACAAAUAUUAAAAUAGAAAAUAUACUCUUUGGAAAGUAUAAGCUUAAUCGUGUUAUGGUAGCAGGAUGUUAUAUGAACUGUUACAUUUCAUCAGGUAUGUUCGAGGAAGAGACGUACACAUACCUACAACAUUGGGAAGUGUACAUACAUUUUACUAGAAUUCUAAAUAAUAACGGAAACGUUCUUUUGAAGGCACUAUAACCACGAAGUAUCACAGUGAUAACCACGAGUAAAACAAAUAUUAAUGAUGGAGAAACGGAAAUGUUAAACAUUAUAAAAUGGAGUAGAUGGCAAAGUCAAAUUCAAUGAGGUUAAACUACCGAGAUCUCUAAUAUUUAGAUAUUUAGUAGCGUAAGUUAAUGUUGGCUCUCAAAUUAUAACAAACGAUAUUAUUAACAAAAGAAUUAGCAAAAAUUAUCAAUUACAAUGCAUAACUAUUAAAAUAUAAUAGAGUUUAAAUACCUUUUCAAAAUAUUACAUUUUAAUAAUGUUACCAAAAGUAUAGAUUUAUGAUUACAUGUAAACUCCAAGCGACUUGCAUGUUAAAUUACUAUAUUGUGCAUUUUGGAUACAUAUUAAAUGCAUAAUAGUAGCUGCUUGAGCUUAAGAUUAAUUAUAAUUAAGAGAUUGAUUGAUAUUGAAAGUUGCCCAAAUUUACCAAAAUAAACUCUAAAGAGUUUCUAGCGGUCAACAACAUCUAGACUGCAAAAAGAAAAAAAUCUUUGUUUCAUUUAACAUUUAGUUUAAUGUAUUCUGCUUAGAAUGACUAAUUAUACUUAAACGAGAUAUAUAGAAAUACAAGUAAAUAAGUUAGUGAUGGUAUUUAAACAAAAAGAAAAAAAAACGACAAACGGAAAACAUCAUUCGUAAAAACCUAUAAAAAGAAAAAAAUUUAAAUUCAAAUACAUAUAACAAUACACAAUUAUUCAGAACAAACCCUAUUUAUUUGUAUUAUAUACGAAGGCACUUAUAUUAUUGUGGGAUAUUAAAACAGGUAAUAACCUUAUAUUCAGUAACAAGCAAAAAAUUUAAACCACUCUUAGAAAAAAUAUUUGAAUCGGCAAGAACUUUGAACAUACAAUAUAUAUGAAACUACAAUUUUAGCCACUAUUAGAAAGAAAAACAAACGAUUUCCAAACUAGAAAUAAUCUGUAACUCAUAAUGAGUAGUGAAAAAAAUCACCAAUAAAAUGAAAAAGUAUUCCAAGUAAAAAUCUAAACAUCUUAGUGAAAAAGCACCUUCUAAGAAAUUAAAAAAAAAAAAACAAUUAAAAAGUAUGCCUGCGUUUUAUUUUUUACUCCGCAUUCGUCAAGAAAUUGUUAAUUUAACAAAUUAAAGCUCAUAAAUAAACAUAUUCAAAAUAUCCUUCAACUUCCCAAUCCAA